AUGAUAUCGGAUAUAUUGCCAGAGCAGAAGGUCUUUGAGGAGAAAAAAAACAUCAAGCCGUGGUUGCAGGCCCAGCUGGUGCCCAGGGGAAUUAACAUUGUGAUUGAGCGCUCGGAUGACUCCAAGAUUGUUUUCAAAUGCCGUUCCAACAAGUCCUCGGACCGCUCCAAGGUGAACCAGUGCCCGUUUCGAAUUCGCGCCAACUACUCGCUGCGGUCCCACUCUUGGGCUUUGGUUGUGAUCUCCGACAGACACAACCAUCCCCUUUUGCCAUAUCCUCAGCAACGCAGACCUGAAGAUAAGCGUGGACGUUCUCAGUCACACUCAGGCAUGACCCACCAGACUAACUCGAGCACCAACUCUGCAGUCAACUCUGCUCCACUGGCCUCUUCUGUCUCGUCAAACCUCCAAAACUUGUCGUCGCAACUGUCGUCGCAGCUCGGGCUGGGACAGCAGAGUUUUUACUCUUCUGGCUCAAAGAUCAACUCUUUGCAGUUGGAGCUGAACAACCUGCUGAUCCAGUUCAACUCAGUCAGUUUCAAGAACAAGGAGGAAAUUUACGUGAAGUUGAUCAACCUAUUGAAGGACUCAAUGGGAUUCAACAAUCCGUAUUACUCGCAAUACAAUAUUAGCGAGCCGUUGUUGUUGCCGCAGUUGCCUAGUUUGCAGCCGAUCCGGGGGUCUGCUGGAGACUUUAUCAAGCUAUAG